AUGGAACCGUCAACAAAUUCCGAGAAACUCCCAAAUGAUUCCAAGCUCGACAUCGACGCCGACCAGAGCGACGAAAGCACCAAUGUGGCACCAGUCAAUGGCGAUGCCGAAAAACAAGCCCAGACUGACCUGAAGCCAGAAGAGUCACAUCAGCAGGAAAGGCGCGAGAUUGGAGGCUGGAAAUGGGCUGUCGUUGUGCUGGCCAUCUACAGCUCGCAAUUCCUGUUCGCCCUCGACCAGACCAUAGUCGCCAACGUCCAACCCGCCAUUGUCGGGCAGUUCAAAUCCGUGGACAGGCUGUCAUGGCUCAGUGUUGCCUUUCUCAUCGGCGCCGCGGGGACAAACUUGGUCUGGGGCAAAGUCUACUCUCAGUUCAAUAUCAAAUGGACCUACAUCACAACCAUCUUGGUAUUUGAAGUUGGGUCAGCUAUUUGCGGUGCUGCUCCAAACAUGGACUCCUUGAUCGUGGGUCGAGCCAUUUGUGGUGUCUCUGGAGCUGGUAUGUAUGUUGGCCUCAUGACACAACUGGCCGUUACAACCACCAUGCAGGAGCGUCCUGUGUACGUCGGCGGAGCGGGCUUGGUCUGGGGUAUUGGAACAGUCCUGGGUCCUAUAAUCGGUGGCGCAUUCACAGAUUCGUCUGCAACCUGGCGCUGGUCUUUUUAUAUCAAUCUCUGUGUUGGCGCAGUCUGCGCCCCCGUAUACCUAUUCAUGUUGCCCAGCAAGGACCCGCGCCACGGAACCAGCCUUGCCAACCGUGCUCGUGAGCUUGACUACUUGGGAACCAUCCUUCUUCUUGGUGCGUUCUGUUCAGGCGUCAUGGCCGUAUCAUUCGGUGGUGUCAUGUACCCGUGGAACUCGGGCAAGAUAAUUGGCCUCUUUUGCUGCUCUGGAGUGUUGUUCGUCCUGUUUGGCCUGCAGCAAGCCUAUGCAAUCUUUACUACCCCCGCUCGUCGCAUUUUCCCCGUCGAAUUUCUCAAGAGCCGCACCGUCUUAAUUUUGUUCGCCAUGACUGCAGCUGGUGGGACUAGCCUCUUUCUCCCCAUCUAUAUGACCCCUCUCUACUUCCAGUUCAGUCGUGGAGAUGGAGCGCUUGAGUCUGGUGUUCGACUUUUACCGUUUAUCAUGUUAAUGAUCUUCGCCACCAUUUCGAACGGCGCAUUCCUGUCCAAAGUGGGGUUUUACAUGCCUUGGUACCUCGUCGGAGGUAUUCUAGUUGUUAUUGGUGGUGCACUCAUGUUUACGGUCGGCACAGCGACAUCCAUCUCUAAUAUCUAUGGAUAUACCGUCCUCAUCGGCAUUGGGGCUGGUCUAUUCUGCCAGGCAUCGUUCUCAGUUGCCCAGGCAGUUGUCGAGCCUAAAAUGGUUGCCGCAUCUAUUGGUUUCAUUUCAACUGGUCAAAUUACUGGCAUCACUUUAGCCCUCGCCAUUGCCAAUGCGGUAUUCCUCAACAAAAGUGAGGAUGGAAUCAAGGCCAUAUUACCCAAUACGCCAACCGCGGAGAUCCAGCAAACUAUCACCGGAGCCGGGUCUACGCUUUUCGACAACCUGUCGGCAGUUGACCGGCAGCGGGUGUUGGAUGUGAUCGUCUCCGCACUAAGCACCACAUACGCCUUGGUCAUUACAGCUGGAGCACUGGUCACCGUAUUGAGUCUUCUGCUGAAGAGAGAAAGGCUGUUUGUGCCUCCUGCGGCAGCAUCCUGA